AAAAUCACAGCGAAUUGAUGACCAAAAUGUUAAGACAAAUAUGAGAAACAGAGAAACAACUGGAAGAAUACAUAUACACAUAUUAUAUAAUGUCCAGUGAUUUAAAAGUGUUGUCUCUAUUUGUUGUGUUAGUCAUAACAAUAAUCAGUAAUAAUAAUAAUGUCGUGGUUUGUGUCAUCAGUCGCUAUCUGUGCCGCAACUCUACUAUAGACGCCAUCACUUAUGUCAAUGAAAUGCAAAUGUAUUGGCUGUCGAGUGGAUCGCACUUCUGGUGGAUCAAAGAGGAAGACCUGCCGAACGGUUUGACCGAUGAGAAUGCACGCACUUUUGAUCCGCCGCUAACCGGUGCCGAUGCGGCCGUCUAUGUCGACUCACAGAAGGGUUGUAACGGCGCACCGCAUAAGUCAGGGCCGGGCAUUGAGUCGCAACAGCGACAGGUAUGGGUCAUACAGUUGAUCGGUUCGGUACAUCAGCUACAGGCGUGGGACGCACUGACCAAACAGUGGGUGAAAAAUAAACAAAUUUCGUACAGUACUGACAAUUGUAUUGGUCGGGCAAAUGUCGACUGGUCAACGGAUACUCGUGGCCAGCGGCCAAUGGAUGCCAUGUUUGCUGUUAACUAUCUGUUUCUAUACUUUGUAAUGGACACAAAGGUGGCGGCAGUCGAUUGUAGUUAUGUUUGCAAAGAUCCCAACGGUUUUUCCGAUAGUGACUACAGAGCAGAAUCGGUAACCGAUUGGUUGUCGUCGAAGGAAAAGAUUUACUCGAUAUUUGUGAAGAAUGACAACGAGAUGUUCGUCUUCUUCAAGACUCACUACCAGAUCUACAAAGUGUCGGUCAACGACCAAAACAGACAGAAGCUGCCGGUGACGGCCGACGGUAAACAAUUGGACAUAUUUAAGGACUUUCUGAAGAUAACCAAACAGCCUGAAUGUCAACCGCGAGACAGCAUCGGUAAAACAACAUUGCCGUCCAAUAAUGCUGCAGACCAGAAACCGUCGGAUACAGUGACCAGCGGACAUGAUUCGGGUAGUUCAGAAAGUGCUGACGCCUCCGCGGCCAGUGAUGGACAAACAGAUGACGGCGGCAACAGUAGUAGUAUAGCCAUGAUUAUCGUCAUCGUAGGUGUAGUUGUCGUAGCGGUCAUAGCCAUAGCUUUUCUGGCAUUUCUAAUGUUGCGCCGUAAGUCGUCGUCCAACAAAUCGGAUCCAAAUACGACCAAAAAACCGUCGGUCAAAGAGCCGGCAAAAACACAGAAAUCUAUUGUCAGCAAAAAGACCGCUAAAUAG